GUCUAAUAGACUCCACACUUGAAGUCGGAAGGCCUUUUGGGACAGCAACACCACACACACGAGCACAGAAUGGCAGACAGGAAGAGAGUCCAGGGCCCCGAAAAAUCCGUCGUACCCUUACUCGCAAAUGCCGAAACGGCGGUGGUGUUUGACCCGGAGCGGAGGAAGGACGGGCGGAAUGGGGACCGGAUACGGCCUGUUUUUAUGAAGACGGGGAUCGGCAAACAAGCGAACGGGAGUGCGUAUUUGGAGGCGGGGAAGUUGAAGGUUGCUUGUGGAGUAUACGGGCCCCGGCAAACUUCCAAAAGCAAGGUAUCAACCCAAGGCGCGCUGAACUGCGACUUCAAGUUCUCGCCGUUUGCGUUGGGGAAGCGGAAGGGGUUUAUGAAGGACGCCCAAGAACGCGAAUACUCCCUCAUCCUCGACCAAGCCCUCUCCCCCGCCGUCCGUCUCGACCUCCUCCCCAAAUCCUCCAUCGACAUCUUCGUCCAAGUCCUCGAAUCCGACGGCUCGGCAGCCUGUCUCGCCGCCGCCAUCACCUGCGCCUCCCUCGCGCUGGCCGAUGCUGGGAUCGAGAUGCUGGAUGCCGUUGCUGCGUGUGCUGCUGCAUAUGUGGAUACAACGGUGUUGCUGGACCCCACGGACGCCGAAGAACCGCACACGGCGGGCUCACUGGUACUUUCGUACAUGCCGUCGCUGAACGAGGUGACGCAUGUGAUUCAGAGCGGGGAGACGACGACGGCGAAUACGGUCAGGGCGUUGGAGGUGUGUGUCGAUGCGUGUAGUCAGAUUCAUGGCGUGAUGAUGGGGACGUUGGUGAAGGGGGUUUGAGGGGGGCUGAGAUGGGGGUGGG